AUGUCAGAAGACGAAAUGUACGAUACUUAUGAUGGAGUUGAUGACGACUCUGCAGAAGAAUCUGGAAAUGAAAGUCAAUUAGAUAUGGACGAUGAAGAGGAUAUGGACUAUGAAUACAGUACACAAGAAGUUGAUUACGACGACAUACAUUCAUCGAAUCGAUCCAACAGCAAACUGACAAGACAAAGAAGUUUCGAAGUACUCGACAAGGGUGAACUACAAAGUGAAUCAAAGAAAUUAAUCAAAGAAGUUAUGGAUGUUUUAAGUAUUAAUUCAGAGUCUGCUGUAUCCAUUUUACUUAGACAUUUAAAAUGGAACAAAGAGAAAUUAAUUGAAAAAUAUAUGGAUAAUUCAGAUAAAUUAUGUGCCGAUGCAGGUAUACCAUCAUUAAAACUUGAAAAACCAGUUAGUACAACGAUGCAAAAGUUUAGUUGUUUGAUUUGUUUGGACGAGUUGCCACCAUCACAGACAUUUGCAUUGUCGUGCGAUCAUAGAUACUGUCUUCCCUGUUGGAAGGGAUAUUUAGAGUGCAAGAUUGGCGAAGGUCCAGAAUGCAUUCUUGCUACGUGUCCCGCACCAAAGUGCAAGGUCCGUGUGCACGAAGAGGCAGUAAAGAAGCUUGUCGAGACACCCACCUAUGAAAAGUAUGCAAACUUUAUCCUCAAAUCCUUUGUCGACGACAAUCCCCAAGUCAAAUGGUGCCCUGCACCUGGUUGUAUAUACAGUGUCCGAUGUGAUCGCAAAGAGAGAAAAGAAGCAGUCACUUGCAAAUGUGGUUUCCAAUAUUGUUUCAAUUGCAAUGACUUUGAAAUCGGUGAUCAUAUGCCAUGUCCUUGUUCUCAAGUUGAUAGAUGGUUACAAAAGGCUUCCGAUGAAUCUGAAAAUGUUACUUGGAUGUUGGCAAAUACUAAAAAAUGCCCAGAAUGUAGAUCACCAAUUGAAAAGAAUGGAGGUUGUAUGCAUAUGACUUGUCGUAAAAAUGCAGGUGGAUGUGGUUUUGAGUUUUGUUGGUUGUGUAGAGGUGCAUGGUCAGAUCAUGGAUCUGCCACUGGAGGUUACUACAAUUGUAACAAAUACGAUAAGUCUAAAGCAAAGGAAGACGAUGAAAAGGCUGCCGAUGCCAAAACUGAAUUGGAAGCAUAUAUGUUUUACUAUCAUAGAUAUGAAUCUCAUAAAAAUGCCAUGAAAAUCGCUGAUGAACAAAGAAGAAACGCACAUCAAAAGGAACAACAAAUCUUAUCAAAGUUUGAUGUUAGAUCUGCCGAUACUAAAUUCUUAAUGGAAGCUACUGAACAAUUACUUAGAAAUCGUAGAGUACUUCAAUAUUCAUAUGUUUAUGGUUAUUAUUUGGAUAAGAAAUCACAAGAGAGAAACUUGUUUGAAUACCUCCAAGAAGAUCUUGAAAAGCACACCAAUCAACUCUCGACCUACUAUGAACUCAGUAUCGAUAAGUUGGAAGACUACCAAGCCUUUAUCAAAUGGAAAGAACAAGUUACCAACUAUACUAGAAUUACAAAGAAGUUCUUGGAUAACUUUGUCGAAGGUGUAGCUGGUGGCCUAACUACCCAACUAAGCUCUAAAAAUAACUAA